AUGCAUUACAUCAAAAUAAAGGCUUUUCCUCAUAUUAUUUUACUAUUAGUUUUGUUAAUAAAUGUGUGUAAAUCUCAAUAUUAUAUAGGAGAUAAUCGUUUUAAAUAUUUCAGUGAAGUUUUUUCUUGGAAACAAAUUAACUACGACUUUGACGGUGUUCUUUAUACAAAAGACGAGCCUAUACAGAAGAAAUUAGACAGUAUCUUCUUCAGAGAUGAAAUCGAGGAGAAAUUCCAAUUCUUUAAACAAUACAACAAUAUACCGAUUGGUUUCGAGGUUUAUAACCAAAAAGUAUUUAUUACUGUUCCCAGAAGGAGAUAUGGGAUCCCAUCAACCUUGAACGUAGUGCCGCUGGAAACUGGUACAUCACCACUUCUGAAGCCAUACCCUAAUACUGACAGCAUAGACUCCUUCGUUUCCGUCUAUCGCCCACGAGUGGACUCCUGCAAAAGACUAUGGAUGGUUGAUACUGGUCUUAUAGAAGUCCCCAAUAAUUUCGAACAGAAGAGGGCGCCACAGAUCAUAAUAUACGACCUGGAGACUGAUACAGAAAUAUUGCGACAUGAAAUACCUAUGGAUGUGCUUGUUAAUGGAACAACUUCAGGUCUCACAUCAAUAACUGUAGAUGUUUUGCCUUCAAAAUGUGACGACGCUUAUGCCUACAUCAAUGAUCUAGCAAGGAACGGCAUAAUCGUCUUCUCUUUGAAACAAAGGUCUUUAUGGAGAAUCAGUCAUCAGACUUUCAACUUUGAUAUCGGAGCCACUAACUUUACGGUCGCACACCAUGUCAUCAACUGGAAGGACGGUCUCUUCAGCGUGGCUCUCUCAGACCCUGACAAUGAUGGGAAAAGGACAGCAUACUAUCAUCCUUUCAUAUCUACCCAGGAGUAUUCUGUCUCAAACGAGAUUUUGAAAGAUCAGAGUGCAGAUUUUGCAAAAAAUUAUAAGUUAGAGGGCGUACGAGGUGCGUUCUCCCAGAGUGGGUCCCACGAUUUCCACAGCGGUAGCAAAGCAUUAUUCUAUGCGAAUGUGGCUCAAGAUGGAGUGAUGUGUUGGAACACUAAAAUUCCCCUAACUACCAAGACUACUAUAGUAGUGGCUCAGAGCCACACCAAACUGGUGUAUAUAUCUGAUUUAAAGGUAAUUAAAGACGAAGUAUGGGUAUUAGUGGAUCAGAUACCGGUGUUCAUCUAUUCACAAUUUAAUAUUACGGAAACCAACUUCUAUGUUCACAAGGCCAAAAUUUCGGAUCUCAUCAAACACACUGUCUGUGACAAAUGA